GCUCUAGUUUUCGAGUAUAAAUAUUGUUCUUUGCACAGGAGGAAACAGUUGUUACAGAACACACCACCAUGAAAUACCUCGUGCUCACCGCCCUGGCUGCCAUUGCCGCUGCCUUGCCGGCAUACGACUCCAGCGAGGUAGUGAAGACCGUGAGGGACGAGAGAGACCACCAGGGCGACGGGAACUACCGCCUGGACGUGGAGAUAGAAAACGGCAUCGUGCUGGCCCAGUCUGGCGCCCCAGCUGGUCCCUCUGGCACGGUGGUCAAGGCGGGACAAUACUCCUACAUCGCCCCUGACGGCACUCCUGUUGACGUCAAGUUUGUCGCGGAUGAGAACGGUUUCCAGCCACAGUCUGAUGUGCUGCCCGUGGCCCCCGCCUUCCCCCACCCCAUCCCUCAAUUCGUGCUGGACCAGAUUGCCUUUGCCGCUGAGGAGGAUGCCCGUCGCGCCCGUGGGGAGAAGAGCCACUCCAGAGAGUACAUCUAACAAGCCACACACCGUCCCUAUUAUUAGUAACUGAGAGCAUGUACUCAGCACCACUCACAAGACCACGCGUGGACUGAGUGGCUGUGAUCACAAUACAUACAUUCAUCAUUCACGUCUGUCCUUAGCAACUUUCACCCAUAGCUCAUUCAUAAUUUACAGACAACUUUCACUGCAUUCAUUUUACGCUCAGAAUCAUAAUAUAUUGUCAUGUCAAGAGCGGCAAGAGAGUCGUGUCACCUUUUUGUUGUAUGUAGAAUAAACAGUUACUUGAC